AUGGGGAAAAUCCAGGGAAAAUUUGAGAUGAAAUUGGGCCUUAAUUCCCAAAGUUCUGUUCCCACUUUGGGAAUUACCCAGAAUUCCCGAGAAUCUGUUCCCAGCUUGGAAACUCCCCAGAAUUCCCAAAGUUCUGUUCCCAGCCUGAAUUCCCGCGGUUCCGUCCCCGCCCUGGGAAUUCCUCACGCCGUGUUCGACCUGCAGCGCCUGGCCGCGGUGCUGCGCUCGUUAAGCGCUAACGAGGAAUUCCAGCGGCUCCCGCCCCCCUCUCCGCCCCCUCCGGAGCUGCUCCAGAGGCUGGAAAAGGCCUUGGACACCGCCCUGAUGGGAAUUCUCUAUUCCCAAGAUUCCCGAGAUUCCCAAGAUUCCCGGAGGAAUUCGGGAAAAGCCGUCCCGGCUGAAGGAAAAUCCCGGAUUUUUUACGGAUUCUGAAGAAAAUUUCCUCGAUUGGACGAGAAUUCCACGACUUUUCUGGGUGCAGCUCAGGAAUUCCAUGGAAUUUCACGGAAUUUGUGGAAUUCCAUGGAAUUCCUGUUGAAGCCGGAGCUGGAAGCGACGAUGGACACAGGAAUUCCCGAUUUUCCCGCCUUUAUUCCAAAGGAUUUGGGGCGUUAAUCCGACGGAAAUUCAGGAAUGAGGGAGAAAUUCCCAGAGUUUGGCAGAAUUUGGGAAAACCCAUCCGAGCUGAAGGAAAAUCCCGGAAUUUUUACCGAUUCUGAGCCUCAGGGAAAAAAUUCCCAGUGGAUCAAACCUGGAAGAGGAAAACCGGGAAUUCCUGAGCUCUCCCAGCUCCAGCUUUUUUUUUUUUGGGAAUUCCAGCUGAAUUCCAUGGAAUUCCCUGGAAGGUGGAGCUGGAUUUGGCUCUUCCAAAUUAAAUUCCAUGAAAUUUAGAAAUUUUUCCAUGAAAAUUCCAUUCGGGGAUCGAUUCCGUGAAAAAUCUGAAUCUGCCUGGAAUCAUCCCGAGGAAAAAAACGGGAAUGGGAAAGUCGGGAAUUCCCACCCGGACUUCCGUAGGAUUUUCCAAGGGGAGCGUCCCCUUUCCUGCUUUUCCUUGGAAAAAUCAAAAAGCUGGAAGCACAAAAGGCCGGAGCUAAAAAAAACUUGGAAUUUUGGGAAGUUUUAGGAAGCGGAAGCGGAAAUCGGCCUCGUUUUCCAGAGAAUUCCUUGGAAUUUUUAUCCAGUUUUCCAGUGGGGAAUUUGAGGUUUUUUAUUCCCAAGAAAUCCCAAGAAAUCCCAAGAAAUGGAGAAAAUUCUAGGAUUGCUGGAAAGAAUUCCAAAGGAAAAUUGGGAAUAAGGAGCACGCGGAGGCUGGAAUUUCUUGAGAAUUCCCAGUUUUAUUUAAAUAAAAAAUUC